GGAUCAGGCUCCCCAGCCCCUCGCAGCAGGCCUAGCACCGCGCCUCAGGCCUGACCAGGCCCCGGCUCUGGUUGCCAUGGCUACGGCUCGGCCGGGUCAACGACCAUAGAGAGGCGCGCCCCCGCAGCCUAGAGAGGCCGCUGCCCGCCACCGCCUCCCGUCAACCGCCUUUCCGGCCAAGCGUUUCCGGCUCCUGCUGGUACCGGAGGAGGAAGAAAAUAAAGCUGGAGAGGGAGCACCGGCACCGCCCCGCCCGGUUUCCUCCGUCCCCCCCUCCCUCCCUCCGUCCUGUCCUCCCUUCCCCCUCAGCACGACGCCUCCGGGGCGGCAGCAGGUAUGUCAGAACACAGCAAUGAAUCCACAACACUUGAUGAAUCUCACCCAGCUGCAGAAGAGGUCCAGUCUGACUCUGAGGAAGGUGCAAUGGCUCAAGAGUCUCCCAAAAAUGCAGCAGCAGAAAUUCCUGUGACUAGCAAUGGACAGCUGGAGGAUUCUCAUGAGCACAGCUUUAACAGGGACUUGAAACGUUCGUUACCAGUUGGACUUGGACUUGCUGAAACCAAAAUAACAUCUCAUGGCUUUGACAGCACCAAAGAAGGAGUUGUUGAGGCAGGACCAUUUCCAGGUAAAGGUUCCUCAGCAUCACCCAAAUCAUCUGUUAUAUCUCCUAGCAGUGCAGCAGCUAGCAGACUGGCUGGACAAGGUUGCGAUUUAAUUAUUCCCACAGGAGGCAGAGCUCAGCAGAAGAGUGGACCUGUUGUGUUAGCAGAUGAAGUAAAGAAUCCGGCAAUGGAGAAAUUGGAGUUGGUGAGAAAGUGGAGCCUAAACACUUACAAGUGUACACGUCAGAUCAUCUCUGAAAAAUUGGGUCGUGGCUCAAGAACAGUAGAUCUGGAACUAGAAGCUCAGAUAGAUAUAUUGAGAGAUAACAAAAAAAAGUACGAAAAUAUCUUGAAACUGGCACAGACGCUGUCCACACAACUCUUCCAGAUGGUACAUACCCAAAGGCAACUUGGAGAUGCAUUUGCUGACCUGAGUUUGAAAUCAUUGGAACUUCAUGAGGAGUUUGGCUACAAUGCAGAGACGCAGAAACUUUUAGCUAAAAAUGGAGAAACUCUUCUUGGGGCUAUUAACUUUUUUAUUGCCAGUGUGAAUACACUGGUGAAUAAAACAAUUGAGGAUACACUAUUGACUGUGAAACAGUAUGAAAGUGCCAGGAUUGAAUAUGAUGCUUAUCGAACAGACCUAGAAGAGCUGAAUCUUGGCCCUCGUGAUGCAAAUACUCUGCCAAAGAUUGAGCAAUCACAACAAUUGUUCCAAGUGCAUAAAGAGAAAUAUGACAAAAUGCGUAAUGAUGUAUCUAUCAAAUUGAAAUUUUUGGAAGAAAAUAAGGUUAAAGUAUUGCACAAUCAGCUUGUUCUGUUCCACAAUGCCAUUGCGGCAUACUUUGCUGGGAAUCAAAAGCAGCUUGAACAGACACUUAAACAGUUCCACAUCAAAUUGAAAACUCCUGGAGCAGAUGCCCCAUCCUGGCUUGAAGAACAGUAAUCGGAUCAGAGAAGAGGACCCAAUGUUAACCUAAAAUCUUUAAAUCAGAUUAUAAUUACAGGUUGGGGUUGAAGGACUGUUGUAGUGAUUCUUGCACAAGACAGCUUUAACUUUUUUUUUUCCCCCUUUUUGUAAUACUGUAAAACUGAAUUUGGUGGGAAAGUGGGUGACUUUAAGGUAACCAAACAUAAUUUCUGUCAUUUCAAAUAUAUGCAGCACUCGUUUUGUAUGUGAAGGUUGGUGGUUAUUUCUGUAACUGGGAUGGGGGAGGGAGGGGAAAGAGAACUUAUUAUAGAUUUGCACUGACAAAUGAUGUUUGUGAUUUCUGGUCAUUUUGGUGGCUAGUCAAAAUAUUUCCAAAAGGAGGUUUACAUGAUUUGUACCAACAUCUGGUAUUUUAUAGAUGAAUAUAGAAAACAUCUUUAGUAAUUUUCAUAUGACUUUUAAAAAGGAGAGAGUUAAAAGACUAUUUUGCAGAUUAAUAAUAUAAGGCCUAUGUGCGAUAUCUGCGUAUAAGGCAACAGUAGCAGAUGGAUCAUUGACUAGUGGAAUUUCAGCAAAUGCCUUUUUAAAAGAUGUACCUUUCCAUCAUAGGUUCAAAAAAAGAAAAACACUAAAGCGAGAAUCACUGUCAGUCUGAGGCUUCUAAGCACACAUUUUUGCUUUGCACCAAGUGGUUUGCUGAGUGAGGCCAACCAUGCAAUGUACUAAUUUCAUUUAAAAUUUUACUUUCUCUAUGAAACAAAUACCGUACUAGCCUUAAAUCACAGGUAUGUGCCUUUUUAUAAGAUAAUAUUUUCCACCAGUGUACAUAAUCCAAGAACCCUUUCACAUAAUGGUUUGUCAGUUCCCAACAAGGGGAAGGAGACUGUGUAAAUUCUGUUUCGUUUUACACUUAGAGCAAGUUAAAGCUUUAGUUAACCUCCAUGGACAGGUAUGGUUUUAAGUGAGGAAACCGGGCCAGUAUGGUUUUUCUAUUUAAUUGAAAAGCAUACUUUGGUAAUGAGAGUAACAUGGAGGAUGCUUUUUUAAUUUCUCCAUCAAUCGUGUAGUCCUUAAAUGUAAAGUUCUGUGUCAAUUUUAUCAUAGACAUUUUAAAUUCAAUGUAUUGGAGUCCUCAUUUGCACGUGUUACAUUGCUUUGUGUUCUGUUAAGUAAAAUGAAAUACAUCAAAUGUUAUUUACAACAGUGUGGAUUGUAUGAUUUAUGUACUGUAUGUUCAGUUGCCUUUCAGCUGACGUUCUUAAAGUUUUCAGUGCUUAACACAACUGUAAUGUAACUGUAAAUCAAACUUUUUAAUCAUUCCUCAUUAAAUUCUUGGCCUGACAGAGCUUUCUUUUAUGUUUUUGUUCUGUCAGAAUCUCUUGUAAUAGUUCAUUUAUGUUCCCCAGAAUGUAUAUCCUAUGUGAAUUUUGUAUUCGUAUUAAAGGUGUUUGCAGUCAAACUUCCUUGACUUGUGAUGGUUAAGGGUAGAACCCAGCUUCUGCACUGAAAGCUUAGUCCUGUUUUUCCGAGUUCCCACCCCUGCCCAAGAAUUUCUGGUAAAGCAGUAGUAGGUGGUAACAUUGCUGUUCUAUUUCAGGAUGAUUUAAUAUUGUGCAAGUUCAACAUGAAUGUAAACUCAUUGUGAAACAAAUCUUUCAGUAUAUAUAAUUCUUGACUUAAAGUUUUGAAGGAAGUUUACAUUUACAACUUUUAUGAAGCCAUGGACUUCCACUGUCUGAAUCUUGGCACACGUAUGGUGUGAUGGUGCAAGAAAGCAGUUAGCUGUGUCACUGCAGUUGAGCUAGGAAAUGCAGAUAGGAGCAUUGUAGCAGGGAUGAAGAAUGCAAACCUAUGGGCUCCAGUUGAAAUACCAGCUUUCGGACCGCUAUAGGAAAAGGAUACAUAUGGAACAUGUGUCAUUGGUUUCUUUCUCAGAUUCGUGUGUCUCCUGCUGAGGAUAGUCCCUGCCCCGAAGGAACUGAUCUGUCAGAAACGGUAAGAGUGAACUUGAAUCUGAAAUUGCUUUAUGCAGGAAUGGCCCAUGUGGCAUUGUGUAACCCUCAGACUUUUGCAAUGGCUUAAAACAGCUGGAGUCUCUUCACCUGGAAGAAAAGGUUGGACAAG